UUGGGCAUUUGCAGAGGGCGAGGGGCUGGCCGCGGGGCUUGGUGCACUUGUAACUGACCUGCCCUGCAGCCGCGUCAGUCUGUCUGUGGGUUGCGGUGCACGGACCGCAUUCACCGCGGUUCCCCAGCUCCGGGCACAGACGUCAACAAAUGCUUGUUGAAUAAGUGCGAGAGUCAGGAGGGAGGAAAGCCCUCCAGACAUCUUUUAGCAGUUGUCCCCGCCUUCUCCCUUCCACUUCCUGGUCAGGGAGGUGUGUCCAAAAGAAAAGGAGGAAGGCAAUACUGCCGGCGUUCGCACGCCUGCUGCAAUUCCUUGAGCUUCAGUUGCUCUUUCCUUUCUCAAUUCCGCAAGAGCACUGGGCGACCAAGAGUUAUGGAGAAGCGCCUACAGGAGGCUCAGCUGUACAAGGAAAAAGGCAACCAGCGUUACCGGGAAGGGAAGUACCGAGAUGCUGUGAGUAGGUACCAUCGAGCUUUGCUUCAGCUGCGGGGUCUGGAUCCAAGUCUGCCCUCCCCGAUACCUAAUCUAGGACCUCAGGGCCCGGCUCUCACACCUGAACAAGAAAACAUACUGCACACCACCCAGACAGACUGCUACAACAAUCUAGCUGCCUGUCUCCUUCAGAUGGAACCAGUAAACUACGAACGAGUGAAAGAAUACAGUCAGAAAGUCCUGGAACGACAGCCUGAUAAUGCCAAGGCCUUGUAUCGGGCUGGAGUGGCCUUUUUCCAUCUGCAAGACUAUGACCAGGCUCGGCACUACCUCCUGGCUGCUGUCAACAGGCAACCAAAAGACGCCAAUGUCCGGCGGUACCUCCAGCUAACACAGUCGGAACUCAGCAGCUACCACCGGAAAGAGAAGCAGCUCUACCUGGGCAUGUUUGGUUAACAGAGAAGAAAGAUGCUUCUCCACGUGAACUUAGGUAAACCAGUAAAGAACCUGAGCCUCAGCAAGAGAAAUUAAUCCCAUACCUCUGACCCAGGUGGAUUUCUGUUUUAUUUCUAAUUCUGCACAAACUCUUUACCACUUACACAGUCUGUGUCUUUUUUUUUUUGUCCAUCUGUGUAUUUGUAUAGCUUUCAGUAAGUGGUAUGGGAGAUAUCUGCCUUGAGAAAUACAACCAGAAAACAUUUAUCAGCUAUGGGUGGAAUUAAUCAUAUUUAUGACAUAGAUUUUAAUGAUAGAUGUUGUUAGAUGUCUUCAUAUACAGAGGAGAAGGCCAGCAGAGGAUGAGAUAAUAAGGAUAGACAGAAAGGAGUUUCUUCCUUUUUUUCCUCAGAUGCCCAAAGCCAAAGCUGGACAGGCCACAAACUAGGAAAUAUAUUUUUUUUGUGAAACUAGAGGAUUAUAAGUUGGGCCCGCAUGGCUUAAAAUGAAAGAUUUGAGAUUAACCAUUUUUUUUAUUAAAUUAAUUCCUUAUUCUUCGUAAUAGUCCACCUACAUUCGGAUUCUUUUUUUCCUACAAAAGUUUCUCUUGGUGAUUUCUAGUCUUUGAUGGUAUUCAUAUUCAGAUCAUUAAUAUGCUUAUUUUUUUCAUUAAACUCUUCUAUCUUAAAACGUCUGGAGUCAAGCAUUUUAAGUAUUUAUUUAAUAACCCUUCAGCUCUCAUGCCAAAAACCACCCAAGUAAACAUUUUAAUAUUUAAUAGGUGUAAAUCUAUAGUAUGCUCGUUUCUCUAAAAAACAUAGGGAAAACAGAUUGCCAAGCCUUCUAGAAGCAAUACCAUAAAAGAGCAGGAUAAAAACAUAAAUCUUUUCUUUGCCUGUCUCCUUAUAUUUUGCAAGAGCUCAGUUCCUUAUAGAGGAGGGAAAUAAUGAGGAAGUGUUCUACUUCCUUAGUGCCUUUUAAGCACCUGACAGAACUUUCUGGAAGCUUUGUUGGGCAUGGGUGCAGGCUUCAGAUCUGGUGCAGUUGUGGCUCAGUAGGAGGCUCCAUCAAUCAGGAGCUCCUUUGUUAUUCUGGGUACUUGUUGUGAAUAAUGGCCGCAGCGUAUGAGUUCUACAGAGUAGAUGAGACCAUGAAGCACUGCCUCUACCUUUAUGAAUGGAGGUGAUAAGAAUGUGUCAUUAGCCAUCAGAUAACCACAGACAGAUUUCAGAAAAGAAAAACACCUUAGUCUUGCCAAGUGCACAUGAAUUCUUCUCCGUUUGUCAGUAAUGCCCCCCUCUCCCAAUGAGCUAGACUCCUCUUUAUUUCUCUGUACCCUUAAAUAAUACAACCAACAGCUUACAACAAAAAGUAUUUCUGCCAAAUAACCCUCUGAAGUCCAAGGACAGAACUAACAAAGUUGAAUAUUUUAUUCCUCUUCCAAGCUUCUUGAAUUUCUAAGCCUAGAUUGUUGACAAAAUUAUGUCAUGGUUGCAUGUUUUGUUUGUUUGGGGCUGGCUUUGCUUUCUGAUUUUCUUUUCUUUCAAAGACUUGAUGUUAUAGUAAGCUAUCUUCUGCAUCAAUGAGUAAAAAAUAAAACUGAUAUUUAGAAACAUA